CCCAGCGCUCCGGGAAGGACAGUAUCUGUUUAGAUUUGUGUCUAAAUUUAAACCCUGAUUGCCUUGCCUCCCCCUCCUCUCCCCUCCCUCCCUCCCUUCCUCUCACCCACCCGCCCUUCUUCCUUGUUCGUAGUGCAGGGCCACUGGCUGGGCUCUGUCAGUUCGGGCUGAGCAGCAGCUGGGAUCUCCCAGCCCUGCACGGCUCUGCUCUCUUCGGCUGGACUUUUCCCACAGAUAACAGGGAAAGGGGUGGGGAAGAAACAUUGACCCGAGGACACCUCUCUCUUGCGGGACAUGGAGAACAGGCCAGCAGAGACCAACUCGGAGGUGGACAAGUCAGCAUCACCCUCAGUGGCUCAGCUAGCAGGGAAGUUCAAAGAGCAAGCAGCCAAUAUCCCUGGAAAAGAGGUACCACCACAUAAGCCAACUCGGAGGAAACCACCCUGCUCCCUUCCCUUGUAUUCCCACAAAACUGAGACAAGUGACAAUGAUGAGCAAAAGCGGUCGCCAAAUGCUUGCCCCAUUCCCAAGGUCAAGGUGAAAAGUUCACCCAUGAUUGAAAAGCUGCAGGCCAAUCUGGCUUUUGCUCCAGCUGCUCUGCUGCCGGGAGUGUCUCCCAAAAGCCCUGGGAUGAAGGUCCUGGUUUCUCCGUUCAGCACGCCUCCCUCAACGCCCACCAGCCCAGGGACUCAGUCCCAGCCCAGCGAGACGCCAGUCAGCUUUGAUCAGCCCCCAGAAAGCACUCAGCUGCAGUUCUACAACAAGGUGCGGACGCGAGGAUCGAUAAAGCGCCGGCCUCCCUCCCGGAGGUUCCGAAGAUCUCUGUCCGAGUACGGAGAUGGGGAAGAUUUAGGGGUCAACUUGUCGUCUCCAGAAAAUGGUGCCAGGGAAGAUGAGGUCUUUGGGCCCAAUGGCAAGACAGAGGAAGUAGAAACAGGGAGCAAAGAGCAAAAGAAACAGGAAGGGUCUGAUGAGAAGCCAGCAUCGAGGACAGGAUCCAGCAGAUCAGAGGAUGAAGAAAAAGGGAGCAAAGAGCAGAAGAAACAGGCAGAGUCUGGUGAGAAGCCCCCGUCAAGGAGAGGAUCCAGUAGAUCAGAAGAUGGGGAAAAAGGGGAAAAACAGGCAGAGGAAAUUACUCCUUGCAAGAAUAACGCAGGGAAUACAAAAGAGGAGGAAGUGUGUCAUGAUGGCUCAGGAGAGGAGAACUCUCCUCAGCCUCCCUCUGGAAACAAUGAGAAGUGUGACAGUCCCCAGGGAGAAGAACAGCAAAGCACUGCCUGUGAACAAGGAAAGGGAGACAAGGAGAAGGAGGAAGCUGAAGCUGAAACAAAGGAGAGCAGUGAGAGCACAGACACACAGAGAAUAUCAGACACUGAAGAAACAGCACUGGCACCUGAACCACUGCAGGAUGCAGUGGGAUUAGGGACUGCCAGUGAGCCUUCAGUGUCAGUCACGCAGGACCAGGGCACAGCAUAGCUGUGACACACAGGUAAGAUGGGCCAGCGUGAUGACGGCUCCUAAGGCACCCGAGGGUUUUGCUGUUAGCAAAAAUGGCAACUGUGACAGAACACAACAACAAUUUUGCUGCUCCCCACAUGUCAAAAGCCUCAGAUCUCAGGCCUGCAGAGACUGUGAGGCAGGGAACUCAAAACAAGCAGCCCUCCUGGGUGGUGUUACAGAGAGGAUGGAAAAAAAGCAAAGCUGACUGUGGAUUCAGUAUAAAGGAGAGGCUCUGCUCCCCAGGCACCCUCCUGCAUUGCUGUUUGGAAAGCAAUCUGAAAGUACUUGCAGUAAAACGCACAUUUCCCCAGCAGUAACCACGUAUACACUAUAUCAAUAUGUCUCCUUACAUACAAAUAUUUAUAUGUGUGCACACAUUGUAUGUAUACAUGUGUACAUAUAUAUAUAUAUAUACACCCUAUGUGUUUAGCUUGUUAGCUUUGCCAGCAAACCCAUGGCACACCAGUUUCAUGACCAGCUCUGAAACAUGCAAGCAUGGGCCUUUGCCACUGAAAUAAAAGAGGAUUUUCCACUGGCUGAAGCAGGCCUUGUUCUAUGCACCUUCUUGUGUGUUCUGUAACCACUGAUAACAUAGCCACAGAUGCCUGAGGAUGUGUCUUGUCCCACCUCAACCACCUCCUCUUCAAAUGCUUCCUUGGUUUGGCAAGGAGCAGCUGAAGGAAGGAUUCCCGUGGUCAGGCUGCAGCUCACCUUUGCCUCCUAGCACAGAAACCACCAAAGUACCCCCAGGACUUCCCAGCACUGUCUUUGCUUAGACCCAAGAAUAUUUUUCAUUAUUUCCUUACUUAUUUUCCCCUCUCAAAAGGACACACCCAGUCAGGGCAGAGGAGACUUAACAUGUGGACAGGAGCCAUCUAACCCAGUCGGGGUGGAAGCUACUGGGAAGCCUUCAGUGGCAGGAGAGGAGCAGAAUGCAGAAAUCUCCUGAGGUCCAGACUCAUCACAGAGCUGAGUGGCCACUCGCUGGCUCUCUGCUUUGCACCAUCAUAUUUUGGGACAGCUGGAAGAGGAGACUUGUUUGCGAUCUCUUCAGGGUUCAAAAUUCAGAUGUUGGCUGGCGUUCCUUGGUGAUAUUUGGGGACUGAGAUACCCGCUGUCCUGGAGGCAACAGCCACCACCACUCAUGGUCCUUCUGCUUCUUCAUCCUGCUCCAAAAUGUCUUCUUCUUCUCCCCUGCAUUGGUCUUAAAUGAAGUUCAUCAGUUACGUACAUACAUACGUGUACGGUGCCUUUUUGGUAGCUUCUUUUAAAGGACUUUGGGUUUUAAAACUUCAGUAAAUAAUGUUACAACAAUAGGAAAAAGUUAUGUUUUCCCCAUAUGUGCUGUAUGACAGACAAUGUGAACUCUGAACAUGGGGAAAACUCCUAGAACAUUGAUCAUAAAAAUAUAUAAAUAUAAAAUAUAAAAAUAAAAUCCCUUUGAAGUGGGGCUAAUCUGUGAAACAGCCACCUGUGGUAGGCUGAUAGAUCCUGUGUGCUUCAGCUUUGAGGUGCUUUUAGUGCGGUGGAAAAUGACAACCAGCAGAUUGUAUGCAAAGAAAAGAUGUGCUGAGUAGGUCAAUAGGGCAGGUUCUCUUAUCUGGCUCUGGGCUCCAGUCCAGAUUUAGAAGGGCUGCUUGUCCAUCAGUCCUUCUCACUUCCAAACCCUACCCAGUCUGUUCUGAAACUUCUGUUGUGUGUCUGCCAAGAGCCACUCAUUAUAGAAAGCAUCCCAGCUUCCUGGAAACAGCCAAUUAAUUUUGUGCAUAUCAGAGAAGAAGUCUUAGCUGGCUGAAUUUCCAGUGGCGUUACCUGGCUGAAUUGGCAAAGCUCAGGCAGCCAUCCCUCCAAAGUCCUUAUGCCCUGUACUAGAUUUGCAUUCACUCUUGGGCUAGUGCAAGUCAUGGGCUAGCAGUCACUAUGAUUUAAAUCUGGAGAAUAUUUGGGGGAAGGUGGAUGUCAGACCCUCACUUGACCAGUUUCCUGACAGCAGUGCCUGAAGCUGUGUUGGCCACACAGAACAAAAUGUCCAUCCUGUGACGUGGACUGAGGUCACACUUGCUCAGAGCCAGCAGCACCUGCCCCCCUGAAUUAUCAUGGGCGUGUUGGCAAACACGACCUCCACAGCCUUUUGAGCCAUGCUGUGGAGCAUUGUUGCCUUUGAAUCCGUUUUAAUCUGCUUGCUGUAGCGUGUAUUGCCAGGGCAGGCUGCUGUCACUGGCUGCCCCGUUUCUUCUCUCAGCAGUGUCCCAUCUGGAUGUGAGUGCUUGUGCCUUACUGUACAUACAGAUAUAUGUGUGCCUGUGUAGAGACUGUGUAUGUGUGUCCCGAGCACGGGAGUGGAAAUCCGAGGGAGAAAGAGAAUAAAUAAAUGGUGGAAUAAAAC